UGGCUGCAAGAAGUGAGCAGAGGUGGCAUAUUCUCCCAUAUAAAAGGGUGUGCAGUCCACGGUUCAUGCUCUUUCAGUCUUUCUUAUUCUUACACUUCUUCUUUGCCUUCGUUGCGGGAUAUUCUAAUUCAGCUCCAACAAGCGAUCAAACACAAGAACUCUUCUUCUUGCUCUCUUGGCCUCACUCUUCUCACCAAUGGCCGCUUCCAACGCUCGCGGCUCCACGAACUCCUUCGGUCACACUGAGAUUAACUGGGACAAGCUAGAUAAAACGAAGUUCUAUGUUGUUGGUGCUGGCCUCUUUACGGGUGUUACGGUGGCUCUCUACCCGGUUUCUGUUGUGAAAACUAGGAUGCAGGUUGCUUCAAGGGAUACUGUGGAGAGGAAUGCAUUUUCUGUAGUUAAAGGGCUACUUAAAACAGAGCUUGAGCCCCUUACACUGUCUGAGACUACCCAAGCUGCUAUAGCGAAUGGGGUUGCGGGCAUGACAUCAUCACUUUUGUCACAAGCUGUGUUUGUACCAAUUGAUGUGAUUAGCCAAAAGUUGAUGGUGCAAGGAUACUCAGGGCAUACCCGAUAUAGUGGGGGUCUAGAUGUUGUUCGUAAGGUGUUAAGGGCUGAUGGCAUCAGGGGAUUAUAUAGAGGGUUUGGUCUAUCUGUUAUGACUUAUUCGCCAUCCAGCGCUGUAUGGUGGGCAAGUUAUGGUUCAAGCCAACGGUUCAUAUGGAGAGCCUUGGGACAUAGUGCUGAACAUGAGGAAGGCACUCCUAGUGUGCCGAAGAUUGUAUUAGUUCAGGCUACUGGAGGGAUCAUUGCUGGUGCAACUGCAUCCUGCAUUACAACCCCAUUGGAUACCAUAAAGACACGGUUACAGGUUAUGGGACAUGAAAAGACCACCUCUGUAAAACAAGUUGUGAGAGACUUAAUCAGUGAGGAUGGUUGGAAAGGUCUAUAUAGAGGCUUGGGCCCAAGAUUCUUCAGCAUGUCAGCAUGGGGUACUUCAAUGAUAUUAGCUUAUGAAUAUUUGAAGCGUUUAUGUGCAAAAGAUGAAUAGAAGCAAUUGGUCUGCAAGCUGUUCCCAUUAGUUAGCCAAGACCUGGUUCCCAAAUCUACUUGGUAUUUGACAAACAACACCAUGAACAUUGGAAUUGCUGGCUGAUAGUUUUACUAACUCAUUAUUCAAGAAAAAAAUGUUAGAUUCAUAGAUAUAAAAAAUUUUCCCAAUAGAAAACUGCUAGUUCCAUUCUUUCCCAUAGUUAAAUGGGAUUACAUGUAUUCUUUUGCUUAGCAUUGUUAUGGAUAGUGUACAUUUUGCAAUAAAAAAUUACAAUGAGAUUUUGAGAUAUUUAUGAGCUGUUACUUUGUUGCAUGCACAAGGCGGGAUUCGAACAAUCUAAAUUG